AUGGAAGAUUGGUUGGCGGCAUUAGCAUCAGCAUCACAACGAAAGUUUCAUGAACCUGAUCAACCUGAUUUCCUAUCCGGAUAUCAUCAUUGGUACACCACAUCACAUGCCCGACCCACAUAUUGUAAUGUAUGUCGUGAAGCAUUAUCCGGCGUUACCAGUCAUGGACUCAGUUGUGAAGUCUGUAAAUGUAAAGUUCAUAAGCGAUGUGCAGCGAAAGCGAUUAAUAAUUGUAAGUGGACAACAUUGGCCUCCGUAGGUAAUGAAAUUAUCGAGGAUAAAGAUGGCAACAUUACGAUGCCACAUCAAUGGAUGGAAGGCAAUUUACCGGUGUCAGCGAAAUGUGUGUUUUGUGAUAAAAAUUGUGGAUCAGUCUUGAGAUUACAAGAUUGGCGAUGUUUAUGGUGUCGAAGUACCGUGCAUACAGCGUGUCGCCCUUUAAUACCAUCAGCAUGCCCUUUAGGACCCGCUCGUGUCUCUGUAGUACCACCGACAGCUUUACAUUGUAUUCAAGAUGAAGCUUGGGACGUAGUUAGACCACAAGCAUCAUCUCCCCUUUUAGUCUUUGUCAAUUCUAAAUCAGGUGACAAUCAAGGUGUUAAAUUUUUAAGAAGAUUUAAACAAUUAUUAAAUCCCGCACAAGUAUUCGAUUUAAUUUCAACAGGACCACGUUUAGGUUUACGUCUUUUUCGACAUUUCAAUCCAUUUCGUAUACUCGUUUGUAGUGGAGAUGGUUCCGUUGGUUGGGUACUCUCCGAAAUUGAUAAGCUUGACAUGGACAAACAAUGUCAAGUAGCCGUAUUGCCAUUAGGAACAGGAAACGACUUAGCACGUGUAUUAGGAUGGGGUUCAUCCUGUGACGAUGACACUCAUUUACCACAAUUAUUAGAAAAAUACGAGCGUGCUAGCACCAAAAUGUUGGAUCGUUGGAGCAUAAUGACAUUUGAGCGUACAAUAGCAAUGCAUAAAUUAUCAUUAACGCAAGCGGCUUUGGAUGAACAACGUCCAGUUCAAACGAUCUCACAAUAUGAGGAUUCAGUGGCCACUCACUUACAAAACAUUCUACAUUCCGAUGAAACAACGGUUGUCCUCAAUUCAGCCAAACAUCUGUGUGAAGCUGUUAAAGAUUUUGUAUUUCAAGUAUCGAAAACGUCACUAACGCAAGGGGAUGAAACAUUUAGCUCAAAAUGUGAUGUUUUAAAUCAAAAAUUAGAUUUAUUAUUGCAAACAUUAACGCAAGAAGAAUUGGGAGCGUUAAAUAUUGAAAUCGAAUCAAAUAAUGAUUUAUUAACGGUUACAAAGUCAAGUAGUCCGAAUGGCAGUUCAUACGAUACACUUGAAAUAACAAAAGAUAAAGAUGAGAAGAAUGUGAAUAAUUUUAAGGAAUCGAGACGUGCCCGACGAAAAACAAUGCAAAAGGAAGCGUUAGUAUCACGUGCGAAUAGUUUAAAACGUGCGAUACGUAAUUUAGUAUCGCAUACGGAACAAGUUGUGGAUGAACAGCACUUUUUACAGAAAAUGGAUACGAGUAAUAUUGAACGCAAAAAUUCAAAAUGUAUGGAUACUUUAAAGGUAUUACCUACAAUCGAUUCUGGUUCUAGUGGAGAACCAUCGCCUUGCACAACGCCUUCACCAAAUUUAUCAUCAUCAAAUAGUCAAACAUUAAUUAGUAAUCGAUUAAUUUCCAUAUCACCGUUACCCGACAUUCAUCGUGAUUCUGUUUGUGAAGAAUCCGAUACACUAUUAACAUUACCAGUUCCACCAGAUUUUGCAGAUAGUCGUAGAUCAUCAGAAAUUAAACAUAGUACAACAAAUUUAGCGGAUGAUCUAACAAAAAUCAUCGAUCAAUUACCAACAACACAAAUCGAUUACGAUAAACUAAGUAACAAUGACGAUGCUUCGACAAUAAUGAAUUUAUCAACGCAAACUGUAAUAGCUGCAGUCACGUUAGAUGUAGAUAACAAAACUCAAACGGAAGAACAACGAAUAGAUAAUGACCAAAUGAUCGAUUCACUUGACGAUAACGAUAAAUGCAAUGUGAUGAUAAAGACACAAGAUGAAGAUAACUCGAGUAUUCUAUCAACAAUAUCGAAUGAAGAGAUUAGUAUUACAUCAGAAAUAAUUGAGCAAGUGAAAUCAUUUUGCCCACGAAAAGACUCGGACGGUGAAGAUAUGAACGGACAUAUUUAUCAUAUCGAUUCGCCAGAAACAUCAGACACGUAUCCGAAUUCAGAAGCGUUACAUGGUGAGUCGUUAAUGGAAGAUGUUAGUUCAAUGUUAGCACAAGAUAUUUUUAUCCAAAUGGGUGGUAUCGAUCAAGAUAGUAUCGAUACCAGUUACACAGACGAUACAACUUUGUUUAGCGAUAUUAAAAAAGAUUUAGAUAUCAAAAAUCUAAAAAAGAAACAACUGGAUGAAAUCGAACAACAAUAUGGCUUCGAAAAUCGUGCUUUUAUGAGCCAGAAUGUUUUUAUAAACGAUGAUCAAACGAAAUUAGUCGAACCGAUACGAUAUUGUAGUUUGGCACAAUUCGUAGAAGGUAAUGAUAUCGCACGACGUUCAUUUAAACGGCAACGACAAAAAAGUGUGAAAGUAUUAAAAACCGAAGCGAAUGUGAAUCGACAAAGUAUAUUAACGGAGGAAUCAGAAUCGAAUUUGGAUCAAAUGGAUAAUGAGGGUAAUCUAUGUGCACGUAUAUUUCCCCAAGUUAGUGUUAUAGUUGAACCUCCAUCCCCGAUUAUAUCUGACCAAAUACGUAGUGAACGCAUGAUCAAAUUAAUUAGUGAUGAACAAAAUUUAUCGACGAAAUCAAAUUCCGAAUAUGAUUUAGAUGAGCAUUCUAGUCGUAAUAGUUCCAAUUCUAAUUUAUUGACUAUUGAUGCAGAGCAAAUUAAUUUCCUGAAAGGAUCACCAGCGGCCACAAGACGCAUCUCAUGUGGCAGUUUAUUUAAAGCAAACGAAGGUGCUACUUUAGCGGCAUCCAUGGAAAGUGGUAAUUGUACAAUAUCAUCAUCAUUGUCUUCUAAAGAUAACAAUACAAGUGAUAAGAAAGAUAAGAAAGAUGAUGAGAGACCAUUUAAUAAAGCGCUACCAAUUAUUAAUCCAUUGGUUCGGUUACCAUCAUGGCCAUAUGUUGGAACUGGAACUGGUUUUAUUGGACAAUGUUUACUAGCUAAUGCAGACACUUUAUGUGCUGCUGUGAGUCCAUUAAUGGAUCCAGAUGAAACGUUAUUGGAAGGUUUUAUUGAACGCUGUGUCAUGAAUAACUAUUUUGGAAUUGGAAUCGAUGCAAAAAUCUCAUUGGAUUUUCAUAAUAAACGCGAAGAGCAUCCAGAAAAAUGUCGUUCCAGAGCAAAAAAUUAUAUGUGGUAUGGUGUUCUGGGUAGCAAACAAUGGUUACAACGAACUUACAAGAAUUUAGAACAACGUGUUCAACUAGAAUGUGAUGGACGACGCAUUCCACUGCCAAGCUUACAAGGAAUUGUAGUUUUAAAUAUACCCAGUUUUAUGGGUGGUACAAAUUUUUGGGGUGGCUCAAAAGAAGAUGAUAUUUUCAUAGCACCGUCAUUUGAUGAUCGUAUAUUAGAAGUAGUUGCAGUUUUUGGAUCAGUGCAAAUGGCUGCCUCACGUCUUAUUAAUUUACAACAUCAUCGAAUUGCUCAAUGUCAAAGUAUACAAAUUAAUAUUCUAGGUGAUGAAGGAGUUCCAGUUCAAGUAGAUGGCGAAGCCUGGAUCCAACCACCUGGAAUGAUACGAAUUAUUCAUAAAAAUCGUAUGCAAAUGUUAUGUCGAAAUCGUUCACUAGAAAAUUCAUUAAAAGCAUGGGAGGAAAAACAAAAGCAAUGCUUAAGCACUCCUGGUGAAAAAUCACGAAAUUCUUCGUUAACGUUACAACGACCAAGUAUCACGCUGCCACGUCACAGUACCGGCCAUUUAUCAGUAAAUAUUACAGAGAAGUUGCGUCAGCAUUCAUUUUCUGGCCAAACAUUAACGGUGCCACGAGCUCAUCAUGAAAAAUCGCAUUCCAUUACAUACAUUGAGAAUAUUUUGCCACCGUCCGAUUUAAAAUUCAACGACGAAGAGCAUAACCUCUUAUUAAAUUUCAUUGAAUGCGCUACAACAUUGGCCAAAUGGAUUAAAUUGCUGGCAAUCAGUAAUCCAAAAAUGGAUAUUGAUCUAUAUACAAUUGCGGAAAAAAUCGAUGAAUGUUUAGAACGGAUCCAUCCGCAUGGUAAAUUACUCGAAGGUGAUGUUCUACGAAUUGAGUUUAGUAAAUUGUACGAACAUGUCAAGCAAUUGUUUGAAGAUAGUUGCUUGUUGUUACGCGAUAAAGGUCACAAUUUGAAAUUACGUGAUGAUUUAGAAACUAAAUUAAGUAUCACACUUGCUAAUACGGAAAUGGAAUUGCGGAAAUGUGUUCUUGUGGAUACACCGAAAGGGAAUUUGGUAUUUUUACAUCAAAUCCAUGAGGAACAUAGCGAUCGUAAACAUCGUAAAGGUUUGUUCUGGAUAAAAUUCCGUGGCAAAGCCACAAUGAAUCCAUUAUCACAGAACACGGGCACCGCAAAAGAUGUUGCAACAUGGGGCACACAAGAAGUUGCCACAUGGCUUGAAACACUACAAUUAUCUGAAUAUACCGAGAGUUUUAUUCGAAACGAUAUUCGUGGACGUGAACUUUUAACAUUGGCAAGACGUGAUCUCAAAGAUCUAGGAGUGACAAAAGUUGGUCAUGUCAAACGUAUAUUACAGGCUGUUAAAGAUUUAAAUCAAAAAUAA